CAAUGGUUCAAUUUGUUAACAUACUAUUAUUACAACCGUAAACUACAUAUUAUCUUGUUGUUAUGGUUGUAAUUAUUUUGUUAAUUUUAGUUUGGGUACAGCUAACAGGAGUGCUUGAAGGAGUUUGAGUGCACGAUGAUUGAAGAAAGCCAAGACAGUAUAGAACCGGCCCCAGAUAUCCGAGACCCUUUACUGGGCCAAAGAAGGGGCAAUGAGAAUUCCCAACCUUUAUCACCAAGAGAACAGAAGGUUUCAUUGUCAGAAUACCAAACCACAAGGUCAUUGACGUCCUCCUCCGAAGACAACAAUUCUUUACCUGCUCUAAGUGCCAUAAAUCCAAUGGUGGAAAUUGUUCGAAAUAAUGAACAAAGUGGUGCAAAUUUUGUUGAUAGUGUAAAUCAUGCCUGGACAGAUCAAAGUCCGAAAACAAGCACCCCGAAUCCAGAAUUGCCAUCAAGAAGUAGGAGCCGAAACAUACAACUUGACAGUGACUCCGGAGCUGUUGGCUUUUCGCCAGUAAGAAGGCGUGGUACAGGAAGCACCAUCAGUUCAGAAAGUACUGGGUUGUUGUUUGAGAGACCUAGCAGACGGACAAAGAGAGUCAGUUUUGUGGAUCCGUUAGAUAUCAGAGUGCCUUUGGCUGGAUUUGAAGUGAUGGAACAGAGAGCUAAAUUCACGGUGUUUAAGCUACAUGUACAUAAGGGUAACAUUGACAACUGGUUUGUGUUCAGAAGAUAUACAGACUUUGUUCAACUGCAACAAAAGUUAAGACGUCUAUUCCCAAUGUUUCGUUUACCGCUACCUCCAAAACGUUGGUUCAAAAGCAACUUUGAUCAUGAAUUCCUUGAUGACCGAAUGCACGGACUUCAGGCUUUCAUUGAUAGCGUUGUCUGCCAUUCUGACCUAUGCAACUGCGUGCCAGUGCAGGAGUUUUUCUGCUUCACUGACCCGCCAGGACCUCAUGACAGUGUGGAAGAAAGCAGGGCAUACUGUGAAGAGCUAGAAGAGUCUGUCUAUGACCUGAGAAAGUCCCUACGUAACAAAGACACAGAGAUUGACCUUCUUAAAGAUGAACUUGCCCUCUACAAGAACCAGGUCGCGAUGCUAACCAAUGCUCUCAGGGAGUCAAAUUCCAGUGGUACUAUAGCCAAUGGCUCACAAGCUAAUGCGUCUCCUGUUAGCUCAUUGGCUGAAUGUGACUUACCUGGACCAGACAGGGACCAAUUGCCAGCUGUCUUACAAGUGUCUUCGGCCAAUAAGAAUGCUCAUCAAUUUAAACACAGCCAAUCAGAGAUUUCCAUACAAGCAGAGAUUAUUGCUACUUCCCCAAAUGAAAGGAUGCUGCAGACUGAUAUAUCAAAGAUGAAAGAAAAGCAAAGAAGUACAGGGCUUUUUAAGAUGUUCUCUUCAGCAAAAUGAUAAUUUGAAUUUAGUCAUUAGUUUUGAGUUUUGUUUCCUGAUUGCUUUUGUUUGAUAUUUUAAUGUCAUAUAUUUUAUAAUAGCUGAAACAAAGUUUUAAAAAAAAUAUCAUGUUAUGUGAUUCAUAUCUUUGGCAUUGUUUGGAUCAUAAACUCGAUGUUAGGUUGUAGAUUACUUUGUCAUCUGAUGUCACAAAAUUUCUCAAAUUAUUCAUAUUCUUGAAAGGUUGUGAUUUUAUGUUGUCUGACUCGUUUUGAAAGAUUUUGUAGAAUGUUAAUGGAUUUAUCUUUUUAAGUUAAAAAAAAGACAAAACAAAAUGCUUUGGUUGAUGGUGUGUUUUUUUGCUUAGUAUAUUCCUCAUGCAAAGUUGUAUAUUCAACACAUUUUAAAUACGCAAAUAUUUACAUUAUUAAGUAUGAAUUCAAACUUGAAAUGUUAGAUCUGUUAAGUCUGUGAUGGAAAAUUUAUGUUAAAAUUUCAACAGUUGUAAGGUAAAAUAGUGUGUUUUUUUGCUUAGUAUAUUCCUCAAGCAAAGUUAUAUACUCAACGCAUUUUAAAAACACAAAUAUUUACUCUGUAAAGCACAAAUUCAAACAUGAAAUGUUAGAUCUGUAAAGUCUGGGAUGGAAAAUUUACAUUUCACCAAAGAAAAUUCAACCGCUACAGAGGAAAAUAUAUGUAAAAAUGAGGAUUUGUUGACUAGGCUUUUGAUUUUAUUCUUUCAGUUCAAAAUGAAUCCUUGCAUCGCCAAGUUAUAACAAUUCUUUGUUGUUGUUAUUUCUUUGUUUUGAAUAAGUUUUACUCCAAGUUUUACCCAAAAUUGCUCUGUAUAGAGAUUGUUUAAAUGAUAUCUCAUUAGAGCUAUUUUGCGUUUUGCUCACCCAAACUUGUUUGAAUAAUUUAAACAUAAAUUAAAAACCUUAAUCAUGACAUCCAACUGCAUUUCUUUUAUCGAUAUAGUUUUAGUAAUCAUAACAAAAUGUGAUACUUUUAUGAUGCAAUAAAAAAAUGCGUUUACAGAUGUACUGAGCAUCUGAUUACAGCUCCUGAUGUUAAGUACACUUACAUUGUAUAUAAAUAAUUUGCAUAUUUACUGAUUUUUUGUUUUUGAAUUCAUUUUGUGAAAUGUUUUAGACUAAUAUUACUAUAAACUAUUAAACAUGCUUAUUUUUUUGAUGAUAAUGAAUUAUGUAUAAUUAUUAGUUAUAAGGAACUUUAUUGUAUUGAAGAUUCUUGUUGGUUGAGUUAUUAAUUAAAAUGAAAAUUCUGAUUGAGCAAAUGACUUUCCAUAUGUUUUAAGUUGCCUGGGUUUGUUUGUUUUUUAAAGAAAAAAGGUUUAGGUAUUGUAAAAACCUUCUUAUCAGUAUAUUUUGCAGCAUGGAAAUAAUAAUACAAUAAUAUUGUCUCUAUGGUGAAGACUGUUGAAAUUUAUUAACAUGUCAUUUUAUACAAUAAUACACAGUGUGCUCUAGCUUAUAUUUUAGUGUUUGUUUAUUAGCUGCAUUUGUGAUAAAACACUGCCUUAUGAAAUACCGGUACUUUUAGAGCUGUGUAAUGACCUUUACCAUUGUUGAUAACUGUAACAUUACAGAGUUAUUUAGAUUUUGAUUUGUAGUUUUUUUAUUCUGUACUUGAGGCUGUCUAGAAUGUGCUAAUUAUGGUGAUAUUUAGAUAAGUCUUGAGCCCGAGUUUUCAUGGAAAAGAUCCUGGUUAUAGAGCUGGUGGGUUUUCACAAUUUGGGCUUUAGUUUAUCCUGUGUCAUAAAUACAACAGUUUUACCCAAUCUUCAUGACACUUGGUCAGCAUAUUUGUCAGUAUGAUAUUUAAGUCCGCUGUGAAUAUUUCGGGUCCACAACUAGGUCACAAGGUCAAAUAUAAAAAAAAAAUGAGUUUAAGUGUAGUUUUUCUGUUCAUAAAUUCGACAAUGUUUAUCUAGUAUGCAUGAAACAUAGUCAAUAUAGUUCUUAGCAUGACAUUAGGGUAAAUGAGGGUCAUUUUGGGUCAAAAUCUAGGUCGUACCAGUAUCAGCAGUAUUGACUUUUUUCUCUAUCUAGACAUACGUUCUGCUAGAAAAUGGCAUUUGGCAUAGUGAAAAAUCUGGCUUGAAUGUGGUUUCGACAUUAACCCCUUAUUCAUCAUCAUGUUGUUCUGUUGGUUUGACAAAAGAAUUAAACAUAAUCACUCAUUUUAAACUCAUUUUAAGAUAAUCAUGCACAAUUAAAUGUUAUUGGAAUACUUUAAAGAAAUCUUAAGAAACAUUAAUCCUAAUAUUUUUGCUGAUUUUUUCUUCGUUUCUUCAGAGGUACGACAUUGGAGAUUAUCCCAACAUAAGAUUAUUUCAAUAAAUUUGUCAUGUUCAUAUAAAAAAAAUAAUGAAAUAAAUGUUUUUUUUACAAAUAUUUAGUCAUGCCCAUAUUAUAGAGUUUAAUAAAAUGAAUGGUUUUGAUUUUAUAAACCUAUGAGCAGAGCUGUACAUGACGUGCUAUAUCACCAUUGUAAACAAUCAACUUGCCAGUUUGUAUUGGUUUUUUUAUGUUUACACUGUUCUUUAGUCUGUACAAUUCGUUAAACAAUUUCGGAUGUUCACAGCAGUGUUUUAAUAUGAAACCUGCAUAGUUCACUACAGUGUGUAUUAAUAAAAAAGUAACUUUCAUUCCAUUAUGACAGCUGUUUUUCUAUUUUCAAAAUGUUUAAUGUAGGCUUCGUUGUAUGUUAUCAAACUUGACAUAACAGUUUACAUCAAAAUUUAUCUUCAGUCUGGAUUUCAUGAAAGUCGUGUUUAGAUAGAAGUGCUGUAUAGGUAUUAUUUUACCUCAUAUAUUUUUUUUUAAAUAUAUAAAGCUGAACAAAUUUUGUUUUCAUAAAUCUUGGUUUCGUAAAAGUUGAACAAAUGUCAAGUGCCAUGAUCACAUCAUGAUAUGCUUCUUGUUAGAGUCAUAAUCAAUUAACUACAUGUUAUUUUAAUGAAAUUACUGUAUAUUGCUAUGUAUUACUGAAUAUUUAUUGCUUUUAAGGGUUGUGCAAUGUUUAAUGCAGACACAAUAAACAUAAAAAGAACACGUCAUUUCUUUCUUGCUAUCGAGUGAAGCAGUGAAACUAUAUUCACAAUGGUGCUUGCGUUUUUAAAAGUCUAGAAAGUUGAACAACAAGUUAGAAGAAUUAAUUGUUGGACAUCUGUGCUAUUUUA